AUGUCUUGGUUGUUAAGGAAAAUUAUUGGUCUUGUUGCUCUAUUGAGCAUUCAAAUAGAUUAUGGCAAAGCAGGUAUCUACGUUUGUAUUAUUUUACUGUAGGCUAUAUAAUAUUUUUAUAAAUGCUAUCUGUAAUUGAUAGCAAUAUUACAUAUCAAGCUCUGUUUGAACAUUGUGCUGUACUGGAUUGAUAUAAAUGGAGAUAAUAAAAUCAAGUAUAUAAAUCAUCAUCAUCAUUAUGACAUUAAUCACAUAACUCUCAUGCAGUCGGACUCGAACGGCAGUGAUUUGAAUCCAUGCCGGCUUAAGGCUGGUUUAUAAGCUACUAUAAAAGAUUCUGUGAUCACAGUGGCAAUUUUUCAUGGGUAAAUUCUAAGUUUUGAAUUAGGAUUUGUACUAGAAAUGUUUGAGGGAACUAAUUGAGUGUUUAACAAUGGGUCUGUUCGAGGAACGUUUCUUACAAAUCCUUCAAAAAUUUACCUUUGCAAAAUUCCUACUGUGAUCACAGAAAUUUUGAUAGUGUAAAAACCAGACUUUACAACCGAACUACAACUAUAUAUUAUAUACAGAAUAGAAUUUCGGUACUAUUGUUUAUGAUAUGAAAUGCAAAUAAGACGUGAUUUUCUGUGACAAUUUAUUUAAGCCGCGGUGCUCGUGUAUGAUUCAGUUUCUUGAAAAGAUUAGCAAAAAUUUGCCGUUUCAAGCGAAGAUCACUCGUUUAGGCAGACAAAUGUAGAAUGCUAGCUACCUGCACUAGACAUCCAUUUUUGGCAAACCUUUCAAGAAUUAAACCUGUAAUCAUUGGCCUGUCGUUUUGAAAAUCCUGCAUGCUUGAAUACCUAUAAGCUCUAUCUCUUCCGAGAAUCUAAAUCAUGUAAACAUUUAAGGCGCUGUUACACUAUGCAACUUAUCUUGCAACUUGUGUUGCAAUUUUGUUGCGGCACAAGUCGCACGCAAGAUUGCAAGGUAUAACAUGCAUACAUCGCAAUCACCGAGUCUCGCAACAUUUGUUGCAGCAAACGUUGCGGAAAGUAGAACCUGAUUCUACUUUUGCGAGACAAGUUGCAUAGUGUAACAGCGCCUUUAAGAUUUUGUGAUUGGCCGAUUCAAAUACAAUUCAUUAAACACGCCAUUACUUAGUUCAUCGAAUUGUAUAUUACCGCCAAAAAGAGAAGUUGAUGAAUUCAUUAAGGUUGUUGAAAGAAACUAUCAUGUCAAAACAAUGUAGAUGAGAUUCUUAUCUCGUAACUACAUUGUAAUCCCUUUUCAGACUGACUUUAUGUCGAUGUCCUUAUGGCUAAGUUUAUACACUAUGCCAGAUGACUUUCCGUAGCGAAGCGUAAAAGUAACUGCCCAAUACGGAAUGUACAACUUUCAGAAACUGAGCGAAACAACAUCUCUCCGUCGCAAUAAUUCCACUGAAACUAGCGUUCCUAAAAGUACGUUAGGUGUUUUUCAUGUCGCUACGGAAAGCUAUCUGGUAUACAGUGUACGUAGCCUAUAUGACUCGUAUAAUUUGUUUGAGGAUUACUUAAACAGAAAACAAAGAUUACAUGUCCAUAACUAACAAUACAUGUUUUAAACAUAUUUAGGUUUCGCCCCGCUGUCACCCCAUUGCUUGCUUGUUGAUGUGGACAUUUACUACGAUGCUACUCGCGUUGGUAACAUCGAUUUUCACGAAACGACCAAUGAAUUUAAAAAGUCCCCAUUUACUAAAUCCGCCACUAGCGGCUGGCAUGGUCAACUAAAAGAGAGCUGUGGUCGCGUUAAUGUUACAUUCGACUAUCUUGGUUAUAAAAAGAAAUCAAAGUCGGGGGAUCUUGUUCUUGCUGCAACGUUCUUGUAUCGGUUUAAAGAUGGCGCUGAAGAAAAGCCUAGUGAUAAGAAACUACAUCUUUGUAUCAAUGCCACUCGUGAAAUGCAUGAGGAAUAUUUAGAAAAAUUCAAUUGGUUGUCAAGUAUCCCGGCAUUGAAGGGAAAGAAUGAAGAAAUCGUUGAAGCGCGUGCUGCCCCUUAUGAUAGCAAUAUAAGAUAUUGUUGCGUAGUGAAAAGAAUCGAAAUGACUUGCUGUCCUGAUGGAGCCACUUUUGUCCCUGGAGAAGAAAGCAGUUCUUGCGGUAAGUUGUUGUCGUUGUCGUUGUUGUCGUUGUCCUUUCUGGACGGUGUUAGACCGGUUUUAUGGUUUAUUUAUUAAGAAAAAAUUAACCCAGCGGGCAAAAUGACGUUUAUCCAACAUUGAAUCAACGUUGGAAAUGACCUUCCAGACGUUGGAUAGACGUUGAAAAAGGGUUGACUGUGCAAAUUGGAUCGACGUUACUGUUUCGACGUUGAAACAACGUUGAAAUUAGGUUGCCAAUCUCGUCAACCAUAAUUCAACGUUAAAUCCACGUUAAAACAACGUUGAGAUUGGUUCACAAAUCGACGUCGUACAUUUAACCAUGAAUGAACGUUGAUUCAACGUCUGUUGGCUGCUGUUGAACCAAUGUUUGUAAAACAACGUGAGAGCAACGUAGAUAUUAGCUAGGUUGUCGACGUCGCAACCUUUUUUCUACCAAAUUUCAACGUUGAAACAACGUCGUGUGCCCGGUGGGAAUUAGUGUUUUUCUACUUUUUAUGUAGAAUGCAAUGCAGGUUAUCAUUAUGAUCAAGCCACUCCAGUUGUCUGUCAGCCCUGUCCAACUGGCACAUAUAAACCAAAAUCAAAUUUGGAAAACUGUCAAAAAUGUCCCGAAGGAAAGAUGACUCUUGGUAACGGAUCAAUUUCAUGCUUGCCAAUCGUAGGUAAGCCGAGAUUUGGUACCAACUAUUCCGUAAAAAUUGUACCAAACAACAUAUCUUUUUCAAUAUUGAUUAAUUUUUCAGUUGUUGCUAAUCUUUAUAUUCCUCAUUGAUCCAGUGCUACUACAGGAGGAAAUCUAUACAAAACUAAUUGUAUUUAUACUGGGUAGCUCCAUCAGUUCUAAAGUGUUCUUCCUAAAGGUCCAGUAAGGAUCAUCUCUCAUUGAUCCAGUGUUCCUACAGGAGGAAACCUAAACUAAAGUAACUUUAUUUAUACUGGAUAGCUCUAGCAGUUCUAAACUGUUCUUCCUAGAGGUCCAGUAAGGAUCAUCUCUUAUUAAUCAAGUGGUACUACAGGAUGAAACCUAGACUAAACUAACUUUAUUUAUACUGGAUAGCUCUAGCAGUUCUAAACUGUUCUUUCUAGAGGUCCAGUAAGAAUCAUUCCUUAAUAUUGAUCUAGUGUUACUACAGGAGGGAAUCUAAACUAAACUAACUUUAUUUAUAAUGGAUAACUCUAUCAGUUCUGAACUGUUUUUCCUAGGGUCCAGUAAGGAUCAUUAUUGUUCUAUAGAACACCGAAACAGGCAUGUUUGACAUAUACUAAAACUGUCUGUACCAGUGGGCCUUCGCUCGAAACGUCGAGUUUCUGCUUGUUUAUUUCAGGUAGUAAUAUAUAACCACUCAGCACAACAAUUUCAUAUUUCACAUAUUACUUUCCCAUGUCUUUCAGAAUGCAAAGAAGAAAUAAUUUGGACCAGUGAAGGGACAUUUGCCUGGGAAACUACAAGGGUGGAUAACGAAGCAACACAUAAAUGUCCAUAUGGUCCUAGUAAUGUCACCGUCACACGAGUUUGUAAUUUGGUAGGAAACAAAACAGCUUCUUGGGCACAAUUUGACUCUUCCAAAUGUAUUCCAUCGAAACACACUGAAACGUUGUUGGAACUUUCCAAGGUAAAAUAUAACUUGUGGAUAAACCAGGAAACAUUGUUUCCUAGCCAUGUUUUCCAAAGGUGGGCCAAUCAGGAAACAUUGUUUCCUAGCCAUGUUUUCCAAAGGUGGACAAACCAGGAAACAUUGUUUUCUAGCCAUGUUUCCCAAAGGUGGACCAACCAGGAAACAUUGUUUCCUAGCCAUGUUUCCAAAAAGGUGGACAAACCAGGAAACAUUUUUCUUAUAUAGCCAUGUUUCCCAAAGGUGGUCAAACCAGGAAAGAUUGUUUCCUAGCCAUGUUUCCCAAAGGUGGACAAAUCAGUUUUCUAGCCAUGUUUCCUAGGAUAAUUUUUUCUCAGGAAGAUAACGAAUUAUUCUUGAUUUUUCAACAGACGCCAAUUGAUGAAUCAAACGUUAAUAACAUUACUGAGGUUUUGGCGACGGAAACAGCAGUUGCUACUGAACUAGAUUUCAAUGACGUUGCUCUAGCGACAAAUACAAUUGUUGAUAUCGUGGAUUAUAACAGUUCUCUGACAGAGGUAACCUAGCAGUAAAUAGGGAUGAAACUUUUGUUUGUGUUGCUACGAAGGAUUAAGAAGUCCAGAAGAUACAUAAGGUGAUCUUAUACACAUCAUUUUUUUUAUUAAUUUAGGUCGCUGAGAAUGUAAUGAAGGUGCUAAAUAAUAUUUUAUCCGUUGAUGAAGAUGUGUUGGCUGAAAGUCAACUUCUCAAUCACACUACUGCACGGUAAGUGGUUUUGAUACGAAAUCUUGUUCACGGUUUUGAUUGUUUCCGUGAAUGAGGUCUUGAUGAAUUAUGGUGAAUGUCAAAAUCCAUUGAGAACAAUAGAAAAUAGUACGGUAUACUUUACACAUGUAAAAAUCUAACAAGUUGUAACACACCUGUAGCAGACUUGUAGCAAUGCUGUUCCAACAACUUGUCAACAGGAUGUGUUCGCACUGCUUGUUCCCAGCUUGUUGACAAGUUGUCAACGGCUUGUUGACAACUUGCUACAAGGUUGUUGAACUCAACAUCCUUGUCACAAGUUGUUCCAACCACUUGUUAUCAUCCUGCAAUUCAACAAUUUGUCAACAAGUUGUUGGUGACAACCUUUUAGCAACUUGAUAAAAUAACAGCAUUGUUACUGUACAACUUGUUGACAAGCUUGCUGCAAGCCUGUUGCGAACACAUUUUUAACAAGUUGUGAGAUUUUUGCGUGUGUAAAUACACGACUCUACAUAAAUAGCCGUUUGAAAUGUUUUUUAGAAAUAAUUUUGGCUAUUCCACCGUAUGAACUUUUUGGACCCUUUUUUCAUAAUUUUUAUAAUUUUUUAGAUUGAUUAACGCAACGGAAACAUUCGCUGAAAAUGUACCGUUACAGAAUGGAGUUUUCUUCUACAACGCUAGCAAUAUUGAAAUGAAAGGAGAAGCCAUCACUCGACAGUCACUGGACGAAGACUUCACAUAUAUUGCAAAUUUAAUGAAACAAAAUUCUUUAUCGCCCAUCCAACAACAAAUUACAAUUGCAGCAAGAGCUUUACAAAAGGCCAAACAGCAAGGCUCUGACCGUAUUAUAACAAUUGUUUACCAAAACAACAAGUUCUUCCCAGUAUCUCUCCAUAGAAAAAGUUCCAAGAAUGAAAAGCAAGAUGGCGAAAGAAGAGGAAGUAUCGGGGAUAUUGUUUUGGCCGGAAAAUUUAAGGAUGCAUCCAUUGACAUGCUUGAAGGAGCCAUUGAAUUGAAGUUUUCCGAAGAUAUGAAAAAUGGCAGUAGACUUCGUCCUCGUUGUGUCUUCUGGGACUUCACAGCUAACGGUAAUGUUUUAAAAUCUAUACACACGCAAAAAUCUUACAACUUGUCAACAAGAUAUGUUCGCAACAGGCUUGUAGCAAGCUUGACAACGAGCUGUAACAAUGCUGCUAUUUUAUCAAGUUGCUACAAGGUUGUCGUCACUCACAACUUGUUGACAAUUUGUUGAAUUGCAGGACGAUAACAAGUUGUUGGAAUAAUUUGUAACAAGUCUGUUGAGCUCAACAACCUUGUAGCAAUUGUCAACAAGUGGUAACAAUGCUAUUAUUUCCGAUCAAGUUGCUACAAGGUUGUCACUCACAACUUGUUGACAAAUUGUUGAAUUGCAGGACGAUAAAAAGUUGUUGGAACAACUUGUAACAAGUCUGUUGAGCUAAACACUUGUAGCAAGUGUCAACAAGCCAUUGACAACUUUGCAACUAUAAUAUAAAUCCUUAUUUUUUGCAGAUGGUUUUGGUAAUUGGUCAACGGAAGGCUGCUACUAUUCCGGAACCACGUCUGGUCAUGUGACAUGCAACUGCAAUCACAUGACCAAUUUUGCCAUUCUCUUGACCGCUGACCCAAAUAGAGACGAGCUAGACUCAGAUCACAGACAUGCAUUGUCUGUCAUUAGUUACGUUGGUUGUACAGUAUCCUUGCUUGCCGCCAUAUUAACCCUCAUCACCUACAUCUUCUUUCGGUAAGCCAACAAAACCAACUAAACUAAUUCUAUUUAUACUGAAUAGCUCUAUCAGAGGUCCAGUGAGAAUCAUCUCUUACUGAUCCAGUGUUACUACAGGAAGAAACCUAAACUAAACUAACUUUAUUUAUACUAGAUAUAGCUCUAUCAGUUCUAAACUGUUCUUCCUAGAGGUUCAGUAAGAAUAAUCUCUUAUUGAUCCAGUGUUACUACAGGAGGAAACCUAAACUAAACUAACUUUAUUUAUACUGGAUAGCUCUAACAGUUAUAAACUGUUCUUCCUAGAGGUCCAGCAAGGAUCAUCUCUUCUUGAUCCAGUACGUGUUAUUACAGGAGGAAACCUAAACUAAACUAACUUUAUUUCUGCUGCAUAGCUCUAUCAGUUCUAAACUGUUCUUCCUAGAGGUCCAUUAAGGAUAAUCUCUUAUUGAUACAGUGUUACUACAGGAGGAAACCUAGCUAAACUAAACUAAGUUCUAAAGUAUUCUCUCUAAUGUCCCCAGUAUCGCCCACACUGGUUCAAGUUACGCACAAACUUCAUGCUUUAUUAAAAUAUGUAAUUUCAUUCUUUUCAUAGCGACUUACGACGCAGCAAUGCCCAGACCAUUCUAUGCCACCUGUGCAUCGCUUUGAUUGGUCUGCUAGUCUCGUAUUUCGUCGUCGCAACUCGGGUUCCGAAGACCACGGGCUGUUUGGUGUCCGGUCUUCUGGUUCACUACUUCCUGCUCGCGACAUUCUCAUGGAUGGGCGUUGAGGGAAUUAAUAUGUACCUCGCUUUCGUGAAGGUCAUGUCUGCGCAUGUACCCAGAUUUAUACCAAAGGCUGUCAUCAUCGCUUGGGGUAAGUAUUAUGUACGUAGGAUCGGAUUUAAUUAGUGAUAUUAUGAGUAUACGUUAAGCUAAACUAUAAACCCAAACUCUAUUUACAUAUAUAUUGGAUAACUCUAUGGCAAUUGCUAGAUAGUAUACUUCAAAAUAAGAUUUCCGUUUUUAUAUCAAUUUUUAAAAUAAUUAAAAUAAGAUAGGGUUAGGUUAGGGUUUAGGUUAGGGUUAGGUUAGGGUUAGGGUGAGGGUUAGUAUUAGGGUUAGGGUUUAGUUUUGCGUUAGGAUAGUUUUUUCUACGUUAUAAAAAUGGAAACCUUAUUUUGAAGUAUACUAUCUAGCGAUCACCAUAACUCUAUCAGUUCCAACAUUGAUAUAUUCAUGGACAGAUUUAUAAUCGAUCGUUGCUUCAUUUGACACAAUUUUUCUCUCUAGGUAUUCCAGGAUUGGUUGUGAUAAUUACUGGUUCACUCGCUUUUGAUGACUACUCCACUGAGGAAAGGUCUGUGAUGUAUUGAUGUUAAGGAUUAUGAUAUGUGAAAGAAACAACGUAUUUCGUGCUGAUUCAUGGCUGCGUUGGUAGAAAGUAUUUCGAGCAUAGCAACACAUCAACAACACAUCCUGUUGACAAGUUGUUGGAACAGCAUUGCUACAAGUCUGCUGCAGGACUUGUAGCAAGGCUGUUCCAACAACUUGUCAACAGGAUGUGUUCGCACUGCUUGUUCCUAGCUUGUUGACAAGUUCUCAACUGCUUGUUGACAACUUGCUACAAGGUUGUUGAGCUCAACAGAAUUGUUACAAGUUGUUCCAACAACUUUUUAUCGUCUUGCAAUUCAACAAUUUGUCAACAAGUUGUGAGUGACAACCUUGUAGCAACUUGAUAAAAUAACAGCGUUGUUACAACUUGUUGACAACUUGCUACAAGGUUGUUGGGCUCAACAGAGUUGUUAUAAGUUGUUUCAACAACUUGUUAUCGUCCUGCAAUUCAACAAUUUGUCAACAAGUUGUGAGUGACAACCUUGUAGCAACUUGAUAAAAUAACAGCAUUGUUACAACUUGUUGACAAGCUUGCUACAAGCCUGUUGUGAACACAUCUUGUUGACAAGUUGGGAGAUUUUUCACGGUGUACUUUACUUUACUUUUUCAGCUGUUUUCUUCAUGGCCUGCCUUUCUACAUCAGUGUGUUUACGCCAGCAGUCAUCGUUCUUCUUAUGAACUUCAUAAUGUUCGCUCUCACUAUGUAUUCAUUGUCUCAAAUGGGAAAAGAAGUCUCUCAAGAAAACAAAAUGAAAGGUUAUCGUAGGGUAGGUGGAAUGUUAUUCUACACACGUAAAAAUUUGCGAACAAGUUGUAACAAGGUUGUUGUGAAGCCGAUAUCAGGAUGUGUUCGCACUGCUUGUUCCCAGUUGUUGUGACAAGUCUGGAACGCGUUGUUAUCAUCUUGUUACAAGGUUGAUGAUGGUAACAGACUUGCUACAAGUUGUUCCAACAAGACUAAUACAGGCUGUUCGUAACAAGUUGCCAAGAGCUUGUGGUCAUCAAUUUGUUACGAGACUGUUGGCCUCAUCAACCUUGUUACAAGAUGAUAACAACUUAUCCCGAACUUAUCACAUUAUCAUACUCGAACCGACCUGACCGCGUAACUCAGUAGGCAGAGCAUUGGGCUAGUAUUCCAAAGGUCGUAGGUUCGAUUCCCACCGUGGCCAGGCAUAUUUUUCAAGCUUGCCCGGUGUGGAUGCACACUCAGAGUAACAUCACAAGCAUCAUAUUCACCUGAGUACAUUACACCAACACAGAAAAAAACUGGGAACAAGUAGUGCGACACAUCUUGUUGACAAAGCUGGCGAGAUUUUUACGCGUACAGUGAAAUACCUCUAUGUGUUAAAAUCAGUCAUAUUGUUAAGGGAUCCUGAUGUUCCGUGCACAAUAAUAUAGGCUAGCUGGAUUUAAAAUGUUGAAUACAGCUUGAGACCUACAGGCAAAACACUGAUUAUUCAUUCAAUUCAUUUAGGUAAAAGUGGCGUUAGCAAUAAUGGUUCUUCUUGGUCUGACGUGGUUCUUUGGGAUGCUUGCUAUUGGAAGUGCUCGCCUGUUAUUCCAGUAUUUAUUCUGUAUCUUCAACUCGCUACAAGGUUUCGCUAUCUUCUGGUUUCAUUGUGUGAGGCAGCCAGAAGUCCGACAAUGCUGGGCCGACUUUUUACGAGGACGCCGGGGUCGGCAACGACGUUAUACGGCAAGUACAACGGCGCCAGUACUCGGAGCGAAUGCAUUGAAGAAGACGUCAUCCUCUGCGUCGCCAGAAUUGAAGCCGUCCAACACACGAAGAAAGUGUAAUAAUGACCAAAACACGAGAAGUCUCGACCAAAAUAAGAAUGCAACUAGCACUGUUUGAAAAAGUUCUCGAAGUGAACAUAGUUUUGUCUUCAUUCAAACUCAGUACGCUACUGAAUGUAAAGUACGCAUUUUCCAAGACUUCGCUUGAAAUAGACGUAAUUCAUUCAUUUGCAAAACCCCCCUAAUACUUCGUAAAAAGAGAGUCACGAUCAAUGACAAUAGCCAGUUUAUGAUAGUUUUUAUGCCUGUAAACUACAUACAGUAUAAAUCAUAAGUAUUUUCUAGUUAGAAUCACUCCGCGUAUUUUCAGUUCUAAAAUGUUGUAUUUCGGCUGAUGAGAAAGAUUGUGACUCAAUCUUUACGACCGUUACGACCAUAUGGAAACCAGGCUUAAGUUUGAAAACUUGUUUUUUUGCCAGACUUUUUAUUUAGAGUUCAUCAAAAUGUGCACUGAAUUAUUCUAACUGCUAAGCGGCUUGAAGUUUCUUUCCAUCAAACUCGCGUUUGUUCAGGGCCUGAUUUCACGGCCUGAUUGUGCUUUUCAGCCAGCAAAAACAUACUCGAGCUUGUUUACGAAGUAGCUUUUACAAUAACAAUUAGCAUAUAACAAUAGUAUCAUCCAGUCACGAUCCAGUGAUCAGAAUGCUCUGUUGCCUUUUCAUUGUUUUGAAAAUCCCACUGUUCUCCAUGCCAUCCUGUCACUCAUUGUUUACUUGUUUAUUCUAAAUGCCAUUUCACCGGAUAAAAUUUUAAUUGCUACACUUGUUAAAUCUACAUAGAGUAGUGUAAUCGGAUGACAAGUUUCAUCCAACAAUAAAAUACAAUACAAAUUAUACCCAAAAGAAUGCUGGUGUCUAAAGGAAUUGAUCAUGAAUAAUUGAAAUUAUGUACAUGCUUUGUUUGUGCACAUGUUCGCUUGUGAAUCUACUGGGCGUCAAAACUUUGCGAAGGCAAAAAGCUAGUAAAGAAUG